GAAUCUACGAAAUAAUAGAACAAUCUUAUGUAUACAACAACACUGAGAACGAAGACCCAACAAGAAUUCCACAACUUUGAACUUUCUGCUCUAAAAUCAACUGCCAUGCUUCGAAAAUACUAUUCCCACUGACAAGGAAGGAAAUCUGCCUCGAUGAACCUCGCAAAUCAGCCCUCGGAUUCAAAUUCGAAUCUUCUAUUUGUCAAUUUUAAUCAAGAUUAUACAUCAUUAGCAGUAGGCACAAAAACAAGCUACAGACUCUUCUCAUUAACAUCUGUGGACAAGCUAGAGCAGAUCUAUGAACAUGACUCUGAAGAUAUCUGCAUCGUUGAGAGGCUUUUCUCCAGUAGUCUGGUGGCAGUGGUGUCCCUCACAGCACCUCGUAAGCUGAAGGUCUGCCACUUUAAGAAAGGCACCGAGAUCUGUAACUAUAGCUACUCCAAUACUAUUCUAGCCGUCAAAUUAAAUCGCAAGCGAUUAAUAGUGGCGCUGGAAGAAAGUCUCUACGUUCAUAACAUUCGGGAUAUGAAAGUACUACAUACGAUACGGGACACCCCUCCCAACCCCCUGGGGCUGUGUGCCCUGUCCAUCAACAAUGAUAACUGCUAUCUGGCCUAUCCCGGAAGCAGUCAGAUUGGUGAGGUACAGAUCUUUGACACUGUGAACCUACAGGCGGUGACCAUGAUCUCGGCCCACAAUAGCCCACUAGCAGCACUGGCUUUUGAUACCACAGGGACAAAGCUGGCAACGGCAUCAGAGAAGGGCACAGUGAUUCGAGUAUUUUCCAUUCCAGAUGGCAAGAAAUUGUUUGAGUUCAGAAGAGGAGUGAAGAGGUGUGUCAGCAUAAAUUCCUUAGCAUUCAGCGCUGAUUCCAUAUUCUUGUGCGCAUCCAGUAACACAGAGACGGUUCACAUCUUCAAGCUUGAACAGCCAAAAGAAAAACCUACAGAAGAGCCUUCGACAUGGAUGGGUUACCUAGGUAAAGCCUUGAUGACUCCUGCUAACUACCUACCUUCUCAAGUCACAGAGGUACUGACGCAGGACAGGGCAUUCGCUAUCGUCAAGCUGCCCUUUUCAGGGCUCAAGAAUGUCUGCGCACUUGCUAACAUCUCAAAGCCUAGAGUCCUUGUAGCGGCUGCUGAUGGAUUUAUCUACAUCUAUAAUCUAGACCCAACUGAUGGAGGAGAUUGUACGUUACUCAAACAACACAGGUUAGACGGGCAGGCUGACGCAGGGGGCGGAGGACUCGUAGGAGCUACGUCAGGAGCAUCAGCAGGAGGAGAAGGAGCCAGCAGUGCUGGAUCCGAGGAGCACAGUGAAGGAGCCGAAGCCAAGGGAGGCGCGUUGGGCGAGCAGGGGUUCUCGCCGGCUCCUGCGAAGACGUUUGCUGCGGCCACAGGGGGAUCCAGGAAUGUUGAUCUGCUUUCAUCGUCGCCACAUAGAAGUCCUGCUCGAGAACCAAUGUUACCUAGCACAGUAGACCACAGGCACGAUGACCUAUUAGUAACCGCUGCUACAGAUGAUAACCAAUUCUCUUCCCCUGGGAUGGCCGCUGGACUCAAUCAACUACGCUUGGAUGAUGACAAUGAAUUCCCUCCCAUGAUGCAACACACAGAAUGAUCCCCUGUAAUAUGGUUCUGUUUGGCUAUCCAUAUAACAUUGCAUCACAUAUGGCAAGCCAUCUUUGCCAUAAAUUACAUUGUCCAUUGGUCUCUGAUAGGAUGGUGAAGCUUACUCACAAAUUUUAUAAAUAGUUAUUUUCUGCCAAAAAUAAAUUGUAGAAAAUGUAAAUUUUAUAGAUAAGAUUUGUGAGCAAAAUCUGUCCACUUCUAUGAGACCAUUGGCAGAGGCAGACAAUGUCAUGAAUGGCCUGCCAUAGAUAGAGUGCAAUGUCUUACAAUUUAUAUCCUUUAUGAUAUGCCAGUCUGGAUUCAUCUGUUGUGUAUCUUUGUGUUGAUGUUCUUGUGGCUGUGCAAAUUCCAAACCGACUCUGCUUGUCUACCGAAGAGUUGAUUUUAAGUGCAAGUGGGCAUAUUGUUAUAGAGAUUAUUAACCAAGAUUCUAUUUACACAACCUUCCCUUUCCCUUCCGAAAUUCAAAUUAUUAUUUUUAAAUAUCGUUAUCACGUUCAGCCCAUCUAUCAUUCAUUUUCAAGAUAAAAAAUUCAAAGUUCCUGUACAUUUGCCCUUAUAUGUGAUCGUACAUGAUUAAUGAAAUGGUAAAUUCAUUUGUAAGAAAACAUCUGUUGUUUUAUGUCAUAUGUGUUUUCCAGCAAUUUUUUCCCCAAGAGUGAAGGAUUUUCGUAAUUAGAAACAUUUAUCAACUGAAAGAUCUCUGUGGACGCUCUCUUUCCAAGGAUAUUUGAUUCUUUGGCAAUACCCUUACCUGAAUAUUCACAUGCUUGAACAAUUAUAUAUGCUUGUUUCACUGUAAUUGCAUGUAUUCUGAAUGAUAGAUGCACAACACAUUGCUAGUACAAGAAGAUCACUACAUUUCAGCAUAUCAGAUUCAUUCUAAAAAGCAUUGAUAGGGCUUUUACAAAUGUCAUUUGAUGUGUAAUUUGCAACCGGUAUUUUAUGCAGUGCUUGUAGGCCAGAAUUUUUUCUUUUGGUAGAUAUUUUGUCAUGAUAUUGGACACAAUGAUUUUUGGGAGGUAUAUAAUUCAAAUGGUGAAGGAAAAACAGUAAUUUUGAAUGAAAGAAUACGAGUUGUACAUGUUGAACAAUACCAGGGGUGUGAGAGUUCAGAUUUUAUCUGACUUCAAAUUUUUUUGUUUUGAUUUUCAGCUUAAUUUCAGCUUUUUUUUUGGCUUUCCACUAUACAGAAAGAAUGGGAGCUCCUUUAAUUUCAGACUUUUUCAACACUCUUCAGCUUUUUUCAGAUCUUUUUAUUUGUGACCACUCACACCCCUGCGAUACAUUGGUAAGUCAAUGAACAGUUAGUUUCACAUCGAAUGAAGUUGGACUUAUAUCAUUAUUGAAUUCCAGGAAAUCAUUUCACUAGCCAUUUGUCAUCUGACUAGUCAGGGGCCCAUUGCAGAAAGAGUUGCAAUCAAUCGCAACUCAAAAAAUCCUGCCCAACUUGAUUUUCAGCGCGCAUUUUUGACUUGCGAUUGAUUUUUUUACUUGCGUUUAAACGCAACUCUUUCUGCAACGGGCCCCAGAUCAGACAUCUUUGAUUGACUGAGAAGCAAAGAUGUCUGAUUGUCGAUAAAAAGAGACCACGGUGAAUUUUAGAUUGCACUCCCAAAACAUGAUUUUGUAAAAUAUUGAACAAAACUUGUAUAUU